CUGAAGCGGAAGUGAACACGUGCGGUUGAAGUCAACACGCUUGUUUGGAGGCCACAGACCCUGCGCAGGAUUUAAAACUUUACCCUCCUGUCGUUCAUCAUGGCUGUCAGAGCCACAUUCGAGAAAAAUAAUGAGAUCGGCUGCUUCGCAAAACUGACCAACGCGUACUGUCUGGUGGCGAUAGGAGGAGCAGAGACCUUCUACAGUGUGUUUGAAGGUGAACUGUCUGAAACCAUCCCAGUGGUUCACGCCUCCAUAGCAGGAUGUCGCAUCAUUGGCAGGAUGUGUGUAGGAAACCGUCACGGACUCCUGGUGCCCAACAACACAACAGACCAGGAGCUGCAGCACAUCCGAAACUGCCUCCCAGACUCAGUGAGGAUCCAGAGGGUGGAGGAACGGCUGUCUGCACUGGGGAACGUCAUCGCCUGCAACGACUACGUAGCGCUGGUUCACCCUGACCUCGACAGGGAAACAGAGGAGAUCCUGGCAGACACUCUGAAGGUGGAGGUUUUCCGUCAGACGGUGGCAGAGCAGGUCCUGGUGGGAUCCUACUGCGCCUUCAGUAACCAGGGAGGCCUGGUCCACCCGAAGACGUCUAUAGAAGACCAGGACGAGCUGUCGUCUCUGCUGCAGGUUCCUCUGGUGGCUGGAACCGUGAACCGGGGCAGCGAGGUGAUCGCAGCAGGAAUGGUGGUCAACGACUGGUGCGCGUUCUGCGGUCUGGACACCACCAGCACAGAGCUGUCCGUCAUCGAGAGCGUGUUCAGACUCAGCGACUCCGCCCACCCUUCAGCCAUCGCCACCAGCAUGAGGGACUCGCUGAUCGACAGCAUGGCGUAACCCCCCCCACCACCACCUUGUCCCCUUGGAGCCUGGGCCGCUGCCCCCUCCCCCCUGGUCGUCUCACUCACGCUGGACCACACCUCUCCAAACGAAGCCCCUCCCUUCCACCAAUCACAGUCGACGCCCUCAGAAACCACAGCUCCACCUACGGCAGCGCUCGUUCGGACCGUUUACGACCUUCAGUUUCACGUUUCUCGAAGCUUUGGUCCCAGAUCAGAUGUCUGCGGAGGACUGGUCCAUUUCCAUGGUAACCAAACAGGUUCUGCUGAAGGUCAAACGGCGCCGACGCAGGAAACGGGCGGUGGGUUUUGAGGACGGACUGAUUUAAAACAUGACGAGUAGAAGAAGAGUUCCUACUGACAGCAGACCUGUGUUCACACCGAGGUUCAGUAAUCUGAGUACUGAUCCCUGUAGAAGCCAAAAACAUAAUAAUGGCCAAUAACGUAAUAAAUCUGCCAAUUUUAAAAUGUAUUAAGCCAAUAAUGUAAUAAAAGUCCUGAAAUGACCUUAUUGGCUUAAUACAUUUUAAAACUGGCAAAUUUAUUACAUUAU